GGUAUUUUGAUCUUCAAGCGAAAAGCACGACAAUUGGUUGUAGAAAUGAACGAAUUGGUUAUUACAACAAAUCAGGAAUCGAAUGAUCCAGAUUUGGUUACAAUCGACUCAUCAUUCGUCACCUCUCCAUAUACACACGAAUUCAAAAAAGAUGAAAAUGGAAAAUAUAUUUUUAUGAUUGGGGAAUUUUUACAACAAAUGGUACAACGUAAAGUUCAACAAGAAUUAGAUGGAAUAGUCGGUAAAGGAAGGCUUUAUACUAUGAAUCAUUAUGCUGACUUAAAUUAUUUGAAAGUUACUAUAGAAGAUUUAGGUAUAAAUUUAAGUUUGCCACAUUGCAGCUCUCAGGAUGAACUUAUAAUGGAUACAUAUUUCCGCAAAUACUGGAAUAGUAAUCAAUUUCAAUGCGAUUCACUCCAACCUUCUACUUCAUGA